AUGUUUAAAAGUCAUUACAAAAGUCUGUUCAUUGAGUUGUCGGCCAUCGGUUCGGGAGGGUUUGGGACUGUAUUUAAAGUCAAACAUAGAUUCGAAGAAUGCAUAUAUGCCCUCAAAAAAGUUGAGAUUAACACCAGAUCUGAAGAAUACUUGCAAAAGUUUUAUGACGAAGUGAAGAAUUUAAUAAAAGUUCGCUCGGAAUAUGUGGUCCAUUAUUUCAACUCAUGGCCUGAAAGCAAAUUUCUCUACAUUCAGAUGGAGUUCUGUUCACAAAAUUUAAGAAAUAUUCUUGAAAUGAAACCACAAGUAUUUGGUCGACAAUUGAGAGAAGCCAUGGAUUGUGUCGAGUAUUUCAUUUCGUGUGAAAUAUUCCGUCAGAUCUUAGAAAGUGUUCAGUAUUUGCAUGAAUUGAAUCCACAGAUCAUUCACAGAGACCUCAAACCCGAAAACAUAUUAAUCGCUGCNUAUUUGCAUGAAUUGAAUCCACAGAUCAUUCACAGAGACCUCAAACCCGAAAACAUAUUAAUCGCUGCAAAUGUAAGGAACGGUAGAUUUAUUAAGUUAUGUGACUUUGGUUUGGCUACAAUUCACGACAAAGAACUCAAUGAUAUGAAUAGUCAAUCACACUCGACAGGUGUGGGCACUAUAAAGUACCAAGCUCCUGAAAUAGCCCAAAGUAGAAAGUAUGGACAUAAAGUUGAUAUUUAUAGUAUGGCAAUGAUUGGUUCAGAAAUUACUGAAAGCCUUUACUCUGCAAAUGAAAUCUUAAACACAAAAGUAAAUGAAUUGCAAAACAUAUUGCUGUCAAUGAUGUCGACCCCUAAUUGGAACCGAAGGCCGGACUGUUCGCAGAGCCAGCAACUUAAGGAUCCGAAGAUGUAA